UUCAGUGCAGCGACGCGGCGACGAUGGCGCUCCUGGAGCGCAACUUGAGCGACAUUGAAGCGCAAUGCCGGGCCGGCCCGGUCGCGCUUCUGACCACCGCCGCCGACGAGACCAAGUCGCCGCACCACGUCUGGCUCACGCACUCGCUGCACGAGCACUGCCAAGUGCUCUUGCCGCUGCCCAUCGGGCUCGAGACCAGCGGCCGCAUCUCGGCCGAGGUCGACCGGCUCACCAAGCGCCAGGCCAAGGCCGCCAAGACGCUGGCGAUGCUAAGCGCCAAGCGAGCCGACCCCAAGUACGCUGCGAACGUCCCCGAAGCCAUUCAGGCGCAGGACGACGAGCGCAUCGCGCAAGCCAGUGUCGAGCACGCCAGCCUCGGUGAGAGUUUGGCCGCACUGGCGACGCUGCGGGCGCAGGUUGACCGGCUCCAGCGUGCUUGAACCUAGACCUAUAGACGCCAACGAUGUGUGG